GAGGGCCCCUGGGGGCCCCGGGGUCGGUUAUAAAGCUGCUGCUGGCCUCCUGUCUGCAGGUUCCUGAGUGUCCCAGCAGGAUGGACGUGGUUCAGACAUCGAUGCUGCUGCUGCUGCUGGCGGCGCUCGGCGCCACCGUAGAGCCGAGCCCCGAAAACUGUCACGGCCUGAACGCCACGCUGAGGAGGGAACACCUGCACAAGGUCUUCGGGGACUGGGUCCUGGUUUGGGGCGUGACCAACAAUAACGAGGAACUGAACUUCAUGCAGAACGUCUCCAGCUCCCACUUGGAGCUCCGCCUCCUCGCUGACAACAAGACCGUCACCUACACCGAGAGGAACAUGCACAAGAACGCGUCGUGCACCACCUACGUCUUCAACAUGUCUCUGACUGACGACCACAUCCUGCGCGCGCUUACCGUCUCUGCCACGGUGGAGACUGGUGGAGUUGUGAGUCCGUACAUAGAGAACGGUUUCAUAGUUUUCCAUGAGACCUGCGACGGCUGUCUGUCCUUAAGCUACAUCGAAGUAACGGAAGAUUUAUUCCCAAACAUCACAUACCUGCUGAAAUACAGGAGGGAGGGGCACCACCUUGAUGUUGACGUGUUGAAGGAGGACCACAACAAUCACACCCGACAUGCCAAAUGUGACGGGUACUCCACCGACGACGAGCCGUUCAUCUACGACGGAGCUGCAGAUUUCUGUCAUAAGACGUCUGGUGCGGAGCCGAUCGUGGGAGUCGAACCGACGGUCCUGGUUCAACCUGCUGCAGAGUCCUGAGGGUCUACCAGAGUCCUGAGGGUCUACCAGAGUCCUGAGGGUCUACCAGAGUCCACAUGAACCACAGGAAGUUCUGUUCAAC